UCUGAUCAGAAUAAGAUGUCGACAAUUGCAAAAUGUGUCGGAUGUGAUCGGAAGAUAAGAGCUACUGGUGACGUGACCUCUAAUUUUGUGAAGCAUUUGCGGGUCAAACAUAGCGAAUUGUAUGCGGAAUACAAAAGUUUGAAGUCGGGCAGCCCUUUUGGCAAUUCUGCGCAAGCUGCCUUCGAUAGAAAGCUUUUGCAUGCUAAUGUUGAUGGAGCACUGCCUGUCUCAAUUUUAGAAAGAAGGUCUUUCAUAGACCUCUUGCAGACCAGUGGCAUGAAGAUAAUGAGCAGGCAAGCAGCUGUAAAAAAAUUGAAGGAGCAUUAUGGUGAAGUGGUACACAAAAUCAAGUCGGAAAUGGCCUCCGUAAAACACUUCUGUACAACCGGGGAUAUUUGGUCUGGGAACCACCGGAGCUUUUUGGGGUAUACUUGCCAUUGGCUCACAGAGAACCUGGAACGCAAGUCGGCUGCUCUUGCUUGCAGGAGAAUAUUCGGCGUGCACUCAGCUGAAAAAAUUGCGCAAAUCAUUGCCGAAAUUAAUGCCGGCUUUGGUCUGAACCCGUCCAAUGUUAUUAUGACGGUGACAGACAAUGGAUCCAAUUUUGUUAAGGCUUUCAAGGAGUACGGGUGUACGGAAACUGAAACUUCUUUUGAAGAUGAAAGCGAAAACGAUUUGCCAGUUUUCCAAAACGAGCUGCUGCUGCCAAAGCAUCUUCGAUGUUGCAGCCACACGCUGAAUUUACUUGCUUCCGCCGAUUACGUGAAGAUUUUGAGAAGUGAGCAGGCUUUGUAUAUCCAACAUUCGAUGACAUUCGAAAAAUGCAAUGCCUUGUGGAGGAAGUGCAAAUGGCCGAAGUCGUCGGAAAUUAUUGUGGAAUGCUUGGGAUCGACAUUGCUUGUGCCCGUUGUAACUCGGUGGAAUUCACUGUUUGACGCAGUAACGAAGUUACUUUGGGCAAAGGACAAGUUGAAUCCUUUGUGCGAAAGACUCAGCUUGUCACAAUUUUCUCCGAGCGAUUUGCAGUAUCUGGAGAUGUACCAGUUGUUGAUGGGGCCUAUUGCUCGUGCCUUGGACUACCUUCAAGGAGAAAAUAACGUGAAUUACGGCUGCUUAAUUCCGACUCUGAUGACCCUCAGCAAUAGAUUGGAUAAGCUGCAAAACAAGCCAGAAAUGCAGCAAGUUUCCUCUGUGGUUGCUAAGUUGGAGCAGCGUUUGAGAGAUCGGUUUGACGCAUUUUUUACUUUAAAACCGGAGGCCAAUAUAGCACUAGCGGCAACUGUACUAACUCCAGAUAUUAAAAUGAGCUGGAUCAAGGUGUUGCAAAGGAUAAAACCGGAGAUGACAGCAGCGGACAUAAGUACCAGGGUUUUAAACACAAUUUGCGAUUUCUAUGCAAAAGAUAAUCGUGCUUUCAAUGCACAAAUAUUGAAAAGUAAUGAAUUAUUUGCAAAUAAUGGGCAUUUUGAUUCUGACCUCAACGACACAGAUAACGAAGAAGGAACAAAUGCUACUCCUGAGCCAAGUGUUAGUGAUCGUCGGGCUUUUUUGACCCAUCACUUUUUCUGUUACUUAAAUGACAAUUCAAGAACAAACGACACUUGGGUAAAACAUUGCAGUCUAAAAGAAGCUUUUGUUGCCUUUAAUACUCCCCUGACAUCCUCAGCACCAGUAGAGAGGCUAUUUUCCUUUGCGGGGAUAGUGAAUAGUCCAAGGCGCCAGUCAAUGUCGGACUUAUCAUUUGAGAAAUUGGUGUUAUUGAAAGCAAAUUCUAAAUGGUGUUAAUGAAUAUUUUUCUUGUUAUUUUGUUAUAAAUGAAUCUUGUUAUUUUUUUGGUGUUACAUUCAGUUAUUAUGUCUUGAUUCAAGACUCUUGAAUAUCUUUAUUUGUUGUACAAAAUUGAAUAAAAAAAUUUAUUAAAAAUUAAAAAAAGCAAAAA